AGCGUACGGAAUUCUAUCCCACAAUGCAAUUUUCCGGAUGUGGAAUUUUAUCAACUUCCGUUGAACUCGUUGACUUGUAACUAAUGACGACCAUUCCUAAGAGGCACCAGCGGGUGUUUUAGAAAAUUGAUAGAGAAAACCUACCAGUCACAGUCCCUAUAUAUUUUCUUGAAAAUAAAUGUACAUGAUGAAGAUGCUCAUAUUAAAAUGUCACUGACACCGAUCAAAGAAGGUGAAGAUGAAUCCCGUCCAUCAACAAUAACGCCGCAAUUGUUUCUACCAAAAUUAAGAAAACCGACAAACGAUCCUCAAACUCCGCUUGUUUCCAGCGAUGUUCUUAAAAGUAACACAAUCAAGGUACAAGAAAUUUCGAAUGCAUCAAAGGAUACUCCGCUAGAUGACAUCUUUAGAUCUACGUCACAGAAAGUUCCAGCUCAACGUAAAGCACCAAUUAUUAACGAACAGUCACAUAGCUCAAAGACUGCUACAACAAUGGCAGUAAAUUCUACACCGGCACCAGUACCUUUGGCUAAAAUAACGCCUACUCAAGCUCGAGCUCAGAGUAAGAAAUUCAAAUGUAUCCAAUGCAACAUGUGCUACGUUCGGAGAGCCUACCUAAUAAAACAUGUAAUGGGAAAACAUGGUACACAAAACUGUUGUCUGAAGUGUAUGCAGAUAUUUAAUACAGAGAAAGAGUAUAACCAGCAUGUCCUUAAUUUCCAUUCACGUUUUUAUUGCGAUGUUUGCGGAGGAGCUUACGCGAAUAAAUUUGAAUUAAAACGGCACGUAGAUUCACAUAGAGAUCGUAAAGACAGAUUGUUUAAGUGCCCGUUCACCAAUUGUUCUUACUCUCAUGACCGAUUUACAUGUUUUGAAUAUCAUAUCAAUAAGCACCGGAAAAAGAAGCCAUUUUGUUGCGGUAAAUGUAGCAAAGAGUUCUCCUCUAGAUACAUGUUUAAUCGACAUGUUCAGAUUUGUAUUGGGGAUUUUGGCAAAUGUCCAAAAUGUGAAAGAGAAUUCGGUAACGAUAGUAUGUUGUAUGACCAUAUACAAACUUGUCAUCUGGAGAAAAUAUUUGCAUGUCCUGAAUGUGAUAAGACUUAUAAGUGGAGAGCAUCAUUGUCACGGCAUCUCACCCUUAACCAUUGACGGAAGAAAUGCUCGUGUAUGUCCAAACAUUUAACAUACCAAAUUGAAAAUGUUCAACUUUCCAGUUGUGAUUUAUUGACAUAUGUCAUUAAUGUAGGUUCUGAUUGUUAGCUAUGAUGCAUAACGAAAAAGAUAUGCAUGUACAAAUAUCCCAACUAUUUGAACUUAUUGAUUUAAAAACAAUAUAAUUACAUGUGGAUUUUAUGAACUCUAUACAAUGUACUACAUACAUGCAUGUAGAUGGAAGAAGUCGAUUUUAUGAUAAACAAUUUCCGUUUUACAUGUAUCUUAAUAAAAGAACUUUGGGAAUUGUCAA